CUUCUGCACAGACACGCUGGUUGCGCGCAAUGCACGAACACACACACACACACAUUCGCUGCGACGAAAGGAAAGGAUGGAUGGGAAGGUGCGUCGUGGUGGUUGGCGGUGGUGGUUUGGUCACACUCAGCCACAAUAGCAACAACAGCAGCAGCAGCAGCAGGGAGCCGCAGGGGGGAUAUUGCUGAUGACGACAAUGACACAUGCAAUCCAUCAAUCAAUCAAUCAAGCAGACGAGCAAGCCAAACAAGCGAGCAAGCAAGCCAAACAAAGGGACGUGUAUUCAUUCACUCCACUUGGACGAGCGACACGGCCACCACGUGGCUGACGAUGAGGAUGAUGAUGGUGGCUUGAAUGACAGCACCGUGUCCUUGAGCGCGUGCCAUCACCAGCAGGCCGCUGACAUUGUCAUCACCGCUGUCAGACGGUGGUCGGUGCCAUGCACGGGCAUGGAGACAGUGAGCCAGCCCGUGGUCUCCAGCGUGGUGGCUGGAAUGUGCACUGAGGGCUGCACUGGCACGUCGUGCACGACAGCUUCUAAUCGUCAGUUCUCCCUUCUCUCCUUUUGUGUCUUCACACAGGUCGCAUCACCCCCCGCCCAGUGGGGCGCUGCAUCUUGCUCCCCACCCUCCCCUUCAACCACAACUGCUGCUGUGUUCCGCCACCUCAUCUUGUGCCAGCGAGGCAUCACACCCCGCGGCCACAGCCGUCACUGCACACUGCCGGUUUCAAGCAGCUCACUGCGUUGGAUGCUGUUGGCUCGUGGACCACCACACUCGGCAGCAAGGAGGUGGCCAUCGUGUUUCUGGUUCGCAUGCAUGUGCUGGCCAACGUGGCGCAGGAGCGGUUCUUGGACUACGACAACGAUUCUGCAAUACCGCAUGCUGCGCGGCCUGAUGGGCGUGUCUGUCUGCAAGGACAUGUUUGCGCCGGAUGCACACGAGCUCAUGCGCAUUAUGCGAGCCAGUACCGCCCAGAUUGAGGAGGAGGAUCCACAACCCUCGUACAUCCACACAAGGGUACCCGGCUCCCGCGAAUCGCCCAACACCAGCGCGACCAAGAACUGCAUCUCCGUCUUUGUCAAGAUUGCACGCAACCCAGCACACGGCCUCUCAGAGGUGCUGACACAUCUGCUUGACUGGCUGCCCAUUACAGAAGACGACGAUGAGGCAAAGUACAUCUUCACACACCUCGUCGAGCUCCUCCAAGCUCGGCAACAUCCACGCGUGACCGCGCCUGAGAGCCCGGUGAAGAUUGUGCGGGCGUUUGUUUGUGCAGGUGAUUGGCACCCCCGCGGCCGCCGUCGACGAGCCCCACUGCCAGGGCAUGUACACAGCCUCAUGAACAUGCAGGAUUCGCCUGCCCACGGUGUGUUGGGGCAGUUGAUGCAGGAUCCCGAGGCGCACGCCCGCGUGCAGCGCGCUGUUGAGGCACUUAGCUCGUCCGCGUAGUCGCCAUGUUGUGAUGUGUCGUGUCAACUUGUGCACCAGUUGGAGGAAUGGCUGAAUGGCUGUCGCUUCCUUUGUCGCAUUCCUCUUGUUUCCCUUUCUUGUUCUCUUCCCUCUUCUUCUCUUCUCUUCUCUUCUGUUCUUCCCUUCCUUCACUCUCCCUCUCGCCUGCUUGCUUGCUUGCUUAUGUCACGCCCUUCUUGUGCUUGCCUGUUGUUUUCAUUGUUUGGCGCUGUGUACGGCUGAACACGUUCUUGGUGUGGUUGGUGGAUGUGUGCUGCUGCUGCUGCUGUGUGUGUUUGAUUCUGGCUUGUGACUGGAGGGUGUUGUUUGAUGUGCAGAGGGGUUGGCUGUUGUUUGGUUGGCUUGGCUUCCUGUUGCAUUUGGGCACUGCUGUGUGUGUGGAUGUGUGGAUGUGUGUGUGUUGAUGUGUGUUGGGCUGGGGGCGUUGUUUGUGGGUUGUGUGGCGGACCUGUUCUUUCCUCAGUAAAUGGC